AAGCCUGAAUUAAACUUUACUUCCACUACGAUGUCUAUUGUUUUCAUUGAGUCAACUGGAUAUAAACAACGUUGUUAGGCGUAUAGACGUGUUUAUCCUUAUUUGUGAUUGUGCAGUAAUUGUUUUCGGGAAUUAUACAUUUCAUUAAAACCAUCAUGUGGGGUGAGUUUGAAGAUGAGAGGAGAGACCAACCAACAUCAACAACCCGUAAAACACUCCCCAAAUCAGACGAAGCCUUACCCUCGGAGGAUCUCAAUCAAGUUGAUGUGCCCGAUGAAAGCCUUUCCUUAAAGGACAGAAUAAUACAUCACUUGGCGGCUAGCAAAGUGGUACUCAAGAGUCAGCAGAGAUAUGAACCAGAUUUUACCUACGAAGAGAGACGGAAUAUUGCCGAAACAAUGUUAGAUGAAAAGCCAGGGCAGUUCUUGUAUCGCUUUGGAAAGUUUCUCCAGAGAGAACACCUCACCUACUUUUUGAAGUAUGAAGGAAACCCAGAGAUAGAUCAUUACCUUACAGAAACCAUGAAGAAUUUGAAUAAACAUACAUCCAAAAUUACUGUCAAGAACAGACGAUAUGGGGCAAUGCAGAGACUACGUAAGUCAGGAGAUUACUUUAGUGAGAAGGAAAUGGAGCGACGUAAUCCUUUGCUUUAUGAUCACUUGAUUGGCAAGCAUAUGACAGCAGAGGAAAGGAAAGAAAAAUACACAGUAGAGAAAUAUGAAGCCAGUUUUUCAUCUGUGCUUCUCCAUCAUAUUGAUGCGCGAGACAAGAAAGACUUUAAGAAACGGCAAGAAGAAGAAGAGGAUGAUAUGUUUGAAGAAGAGGAAGACGAAGAUGAGGAGGAGGAGGAGGAGGAAGAAGAGGAAAUGGACAUGGAGACGCAAGUAGAAUCAGGAGAGAAGCAAUUACUGAAGGAAGAAUUUUACUCUUCAGCAUACCUCAACUUCUUGAAUGGAAAAGAUGAAGAAUUUGACUAUGGGCAAGUUGACACUAGCGAUGAUUACGACCUUCUAGAAAUACGAGCCAGGGAUGAUGAGGAAAGGUAUUUUGAUGAUGAUGAUGAUGAAGAUGAAGAAGGCAGUAACAAAGAUGAGAUAUGCCACAGUCUUGAUGACGACAAGGACUUUCCCCCAUUGCGUCAAAAACACAGACAAGAUGGCCCCAAAAUCACUGAUGUUUCUGAUAAACCCCCAGAUGAUGACAUGACUUAAAAUUCCAUAAAGCUUCAAUAUCAACUUUCACCUUUCUCUUGGUAUUUGUAAAUUUGAAAAGAAUAUCUAAGUCAGUUUAUUAUAUAGGGUUUUAAUAUCAAUAGAAAAUUAGGGAAAGUCACUGUUUUAUUUAUACUCCCUGGAAAAAUAAAUGUUACAUGAUCUGAUGCCAUGAUAAUAACUAAUAUUUAUUGCCUGUCUGUCCUUGCACUUCAUGCAACGUGAAAACAACGUGAAGUUCUCAAUAUUUCCUUUCAACUUGCUGAUGAACAAAAAAA